UAAACAAGUGGACUGAGGGUUAGUAGCGGGAAUUUGGGCUGAAAGAACUGUUGCUUAUAUCACUGUACUCAAGUCUCUCUUCAAUGAAUUGCCUUUAAUCAGGGACGGACUGGAUUUCAUCCGAUUGCGUAAUAGUUUACGGGAACGUUCCAGACACAAGAAGACGUCUCACCCUCAUCCCAGACUGGAAAAACCAAGGAUACACAGAGGAAGCUUUGAAGAGGGAGCGCUCAAUGAAGGAGGCUUUAAAUCUUAAUCUGGAUCACCUCUGUCUUUGUGUUGUCCUCAUGAAGAAACCAUCAGAGGCAGUCAGAAUGAUGAUGCAAGAUCUAGAACUUCCUUCUCACAAUCACACCCACAGAGAGUGAUCUAUUACAUUUAAUUACAUUGAAUUUAACCACAACACAAAGGGCCAUAACCACCAUUUUACAGCAUAGAGCUACAACAAUCUUGAACACGGAUAGAACAAAGAAUAGUUAUAUUAUCCAUGCUCACGAGAUCUACAACCACCCUCUCACAAACACAAGUCAGAGCGACGGGGCCCCCCCCAAGGUGAAGAAUACAUCAUACUCUGACCACUACUCUUGAGUACUGCCACCACUAGUUUGAUUCUGGUAGCCAGGCGUGGUUCUUAUUACCGGGGUUGUCAUGGAAGCAGGCUCCACCCCCCAGAUCAAGGUGUAUAGUGUCUGGGACCAGGUGGAGGAGACAGACCAGGUGGAGGAGACAGACCAGGUGGAGGAGGAGAAGAAGGUGGGUUCGGCUUCAGACGACCAUCUGAUGACUCUGAAGGCCCUGACGCAGAAGCUGAGGCUGGAGACACGGAGGCCGUCCUACCUGGGGUGGAAGGCCCGUUUAGACACCCCCCAUAGCACCAAAGGCCUUGUCAUACCACAGCAGAGCAUCAGGGACUUAGUGGGGCCAGAAGAGCAACGGGUAGUGGGCCAAAGUGAGGCCAGGUUAGACAGCCAGAGCACCCAACGCCCGGCUGUCCCACAGCUACAGGAGGAGGAGGAGGAGGAGGAGGAAGAGGCCAAACAACAGCCAGGGGAGCCCAGAGAGAGCCUCCUGACCUCAGGUUUGAUCUGGCAGCACAGUCUGCCCUCGGGAGUGCUGAAGAGAUUUGAGAACAUCGAUGAGGCUCUGGGGUGGCUCAGGAAAGAACUGAAGGAAAUGCCUCUCCAGGACCAGCAGUUGGCCCGUCAGCUGAUGCGUCUCCAUAGCGACAUCAAUAAACUGAAGAUCGAGCAGACGUGUCACCAGCACCGCCGCAUGCUCAACGACGCCACCUACGGGCUGGAGGAGAGAGACGAGUUGAGCAACCUGCUCUUUGACUCCCCCGUCACCCCCGGGUUCGGACUCUCCACCCCACUGAGACUCAUAGGGGUCACAAAGAUGAACAUCAACACUCGACGCUUCUCCCUUUGCUAGCAUUAGAGAGAGAGAGAUAGAAAGAGAGAGAGAGAGA